GAUAAUAAUUAAUAAAAAUGUGUUUUUGCCACCGUCUCUCAGGCGGUAUUUCUAGCAUCCUCUCUGAGCUUCCAUAGGCCUUUCUUCCGCCCGAUCUCGCAGAUUUAAGUGUCAGCCGUUUUGGCAAGACUGUAAUCUGUUUAUUACUGUUCGAAGUCAGCCAACACUAACAUCAAAAUGAUCGGCACGAUGCGCAAACAGCUUCGGAGUCACCCAGCUCUGAUCCCCCUGUUGUUCUUCAUCGGUGGAGGGGCAGCCAUGUCCAUGACGUACCUUGCUCGUCUGGCCUUGAGAAACCCCGAUGUCAGCUGGGAUCGCAAGAACAACCCAGAGCCCUGGAACAACAUGGACCCAACACAUCAGUACAAGUUUUAUGCAAUUGACAUGGACUACAGCAAGCUGAAGAAGCAAGGCCCUGAUUUCUAAAGAUCAAAUCUGCUGGACCAAAAGCAUUAAGAUGAGCUGAUCCGCACAGAACCGUUUUAAAACUUCCUCCGAAGAACAUGAGGGAUGCAGAGGCUAUACCCGCACAAUGAUUCAUAUUUAAGUUUCUUCAUUGCAUCCAAUUGGAAACCAUGUUUCUUAUUUCUCAUGUUCAAUAAAGUGAAUGAGUCUUUUCUCCAUACAGAGAAAAUAA